UAUUGGCUAGUAUAACACAGUGGUUCCCAACCUUGGUCUUGGAGUACCCCUGUGUAUAGCCUACUGGUUUUCAUUCCAACCACAAUUGCAAUCCCCAAAUUUUAACGAGAUGUCAAUUUUUCCUAAUUAGUUUUUCAUGAGGGAUUAUUUACCCACCUAAGCCACAUUAUAUCAAAAAUAGCAGUGAACAAUAAAAUUCCCAUUUUCAUAUUGUGCUACAUUCCAAAAAAAUGCAUAAAAGACGGUAAAUCAAUAGACGUACCUGAACACGUGCUAAUUUCCUGUUAUUAAUACGAGGUUUGGCUCGUUAUCGUUUGCUUUGUCUUAAAAUUUUUCAUUAUCUUCCAGAUGGUUAGGUUUAGUGGUCAGGAGUCCACACUUAGAAGCCUAUUGAUUCACAUCAGUCUUUAAUUUGAUCGAUUAAAAAUAAUUUACCUUUUUAUGCAGUUGUUUGCAAUGUAGGACAGUAAGCACAAUAUGAACAUGGAAUUGUUUUCUUCAUGGUAGGCAUAGCUAGUUUUGACAUAAUGUGGUUUAAGAGGGUGAAACAGACGAUAACUGGUGGGCCAAUUUACGCAGUGCAACUCCACGCUAAUGGGGAUGCGAGAAUUUAGUGUAACUCAUGUCAAUGGUGUCACUGACUUUGGAAAACAAUAAACGAUGUAGUCGAAAAGAAGCGGUAAGAAGGCAUGUCACUUGUGGCUUUUGUAUUCCUCCCACGCUAAAUCAAAGGUAACACUUCCAUCACCGAUGUUUGUAGUAGCUCCAUUCAGCCAUCCUUGAACUGGUAUCAGCCGUGACUUAAUUCUCACUGUCUUUAUGAACGUGCGUGGAUUUACGGGUAUCAAUCAAUUUAUAUAAAGCAUUUUCUUUUUGAUUAGCUGGCAGGUGAACUCUUAUAUUGUGGAUAUGCUCCGAGUAGCGACCGCUAUUCUGUGUUUCUUGGUAGGUGGAGUGGUGGUACAUAGUGCCCCCUGCGAGCCGGUUCAUAUUCACAUGUGCAGAACUAUGCCGUGGAACAUGACAAGAAUGCCCAACCACCUGUAUCAUAGCACUCAGCAGAAUGCAAUACUGGCAAUAGAGCAAUACGAGGAGCUCGUGGACAUCAACUGCAGCGAGGUAUUGCGCUUUUUCUUGUGUGCAAUGUAUGCUCCAAUCUGCGCAUUUGACUUCCUCCAUGACCCGAUCAAGCCUUGCAAGUCGGUGUGUCAAAGAGCGAGGGAUGGAUGCGAGCCCAUCAUGAGGCGCUAUAACCACAGCUGGCCAGAAAUAUUCGCUUGCGAAGAAUUACCAGUUUACGACCGCGGAGUCUGCAUAUCACCUGAAGCGAUGGUGACUGAAUUUGCCGAAGAUGUAAAAGUUGUCGAUGCCUCGCUAGACGUAAUGCCAAACGAACCACAAGCUUUGGACUGCAAAACGUGGAAUUCUGAUAGAUGCAGAUGCAGUAAAAUGAAACCAACACUUACAACAUAUAUGGAGAUGAAGUAUGAUUACGUUAUUCAUGCAAAAGUUGUAGACAUGAAUCAGACUGGAUGCCAUGAAGUGAUUGUGCUUGUAGAGGUGAAAGAGAAGGUCAAAUCUUCCCAGUCAAUCACAGAAACUCUCGUACCUGUAAUAUCAAAUUCCUCAUGCACGUGCCUGCAACCUCAACCCAAUCAAGAAGUAAUUAUCAUGUGCUAUGAGUGGGGCUCAAGACUGAUGAUGCUGGACAGUUGCAUCAUAGAGGAAUGGAAAGACCAGUUGUUGAAGAGAUAUAAGCGCUGGGAACAGCGACUGCAAGAGCAACAGCAGAGGGGUCCCAAGAUUAAUGCGAGAGGCACAGAGGCGGGCGUGAGGAAAACAACCAGGGCCAAGAAGAAAGCGAGAAAGGGUGGCCAACAUGGGAAGCUUUAAACUGCCUCUCCAGCGUGCCAUAUUCUCUCAGAUACUGACUGCAGGAAUCUGCCUCCCUUGCGAUGGAUAUCAAAAUAUUUUAAAAAUAUAUAAGGAAUGUGUUCUUAAUACAAAAUAAAAACAAGUUUGUAAGGAGUGAUGCAUUUUGUGAAAUGCUACAUAUUGAAUUUGUAACAUUGAAUGUUCUCAUGAACACUAAUCUCAUGUAGGCAAAAAUAUAAUUACUUCUUAUAAUAAACUUUAUAACGCCAUCCCAGAAAUGUAUAUGAGGAUUACUGUACAAUGGCUGUUUGUUCAAUAUGCAUGUAGUUUGCUUUAACUUAAUUUCCUAGGAUAGAAAACAAGUGGGAUAGGAGACCAUUUGGGCAGUUGGCUCUGAACGAAUAUACAAAUCCCUCUGUGUGGCCAGGGUUUCAAUUUUCUGUCAUGGCACUUACUGAAGUGUGAGCCAAUAUCUUUAUGAAUAAAGAAGAAAAGUACAGGAGGGUGGAUGUGUCCAUUACCCUUAAAAUGAAUAAAUAAAAUAAAUAAGUGGGACAACCCCAGAAUGCACAUACAAUCACUGCAAAACACCUUCCAAGAUGAUGUCUUCCAUGUUAGAGCUCCCUGCUGAAAAAUGAGGAAAUUAUAUGCUUAUUCUGUGAGGAAUUAUACCCAGAGACAUUGCAAGUAGACACAUGGUUAUUAUAUAUUGUACAAUGCUUUUGUAAGCCUUCAACCGUAAUUAGCAUUUUCUAACUAAAGAAAAAUAAGAAAAAACAGUUGGUCUGUUUAAACCAAUGCUGUGUGUGUUUAGACAAAAAAAUGUCCAUGUGUCACAGAGGAAUCACUUCUAUACGGUUUACACUAUGUGUCUGAAGAAUAACAGCCAGUUCAUUUGACAGCCCCAGUAAAAUAAAAGGGUUUCUGUUGACUCAUUUGUUUUCAUGGAUUACAUUUUCUGGAGAAUCUGGAUGUAUUAUCUUUAUGGAAAUCAACAAGUCUCCGGCAAAGGAUAAAAAAACAGAUCAUUUGUUGGAGAAGAAAAUUAUCUUAAAUGGCAAAAGAUAAAUGGUGCGAUCAACGCUCCUACCUCUGUUCAUAACAGUCCACUCAUCAUACAAGAUGUCUAAACUGUUUGCAAAUAGAACUCCCUACCAGUCUGAAGGGAUUAACGCCUACUGAAUUCAACAGGAUGCAAAUCCUGCUCGAUGCAACAGGAUAUAGUGGU